UUUAAGGGGCCAACUUUCAGAGCUGCAUGUCUUGCAAUGCGCGUUUCAAUGGGACAACAACGCAUAAGAUCCUUCAGCGGCACUGGACCCGGGUUGUUGUGACAAGUCUGAUGAGCUUUCAUUACGCUUGAACUCCGGUAGGCUAUGUCUUGAACCUGCUCCACGACUGUCAAUCUCUUCAUUUUUCUAAGUCAAUUGCAUGGCUAUAGUAUGCCGCGUUAAGAGGACGCACACGGGCAUAAUAUUAAAUUGAUAGACUACAACGUAAAACAUGUACAGCUCUUUAUUGAUAAGAACAUGUGUGAGACUUUUUAUCUAAACACGUGGAUGAAUUGCGCAAUGCAGCAUAGAUCCUCAACAUUUUUCAUUUUCGUGGACAAAAAAAGUGGUUUAAUUUAUUAGAGUACCUUAAACAUAGCUGUACAUUUCUGACUCAGUGGAGAGGCAACCUUUUGAAUUAUGUUGUGUGUCAGAAACCUUUAUGAGCUAAAAGGCUGUAGGUUUAUAUAAAGGCAUAUACAACCACGAGUUAUAUGCGUAGGCUCAGGCUGCUUUUUCAUUUUUGUUGAACUGUGCGGUGGGAUCCAGCGGGCAUUUUCAAAUGAGAGGAGAGGAUAACGAAGUUUGACACAGGCUUUCAACAGAGGCUGAGGCUAUUAAGUUCAUUACAUGCAGCCAAUGCCAUUGAUUCAAUCCUUCAAUACCGUGAUACAUUUCAAUAAGCAAAAACUUGUUUGGAAAAGCCUUCUUAUUUAAAAAAAAAAAAAAAAAAAGUUAGUCUAUAAAUUAGAAAUAGUUCAGCAAUGGUUGUUGAUUGUACUUUAAAAAAAAAUGUCUAUACCUAAUGCACAUAAAACAGCUAAUAGCCAUCUGGAAAAAGACACGAAGGACCUGUUGUUUAAUAAGCUAAGCAUAAAGGGAGAACAAAUCAAUCAGAUGACUGGUUAUUUAGUUGGAAAUUAUAGGCCUGCUGAAUUUUGAAAAACGGCCUCAUAAUGUAUGAUUAUUAUUAUGAGAUAGACUAACUGAUAGGCUAACUGAUAGGCGAUGCAUUGAUGGUGCCAAAGGCAUUCUUAUCAGAUUUAUUGUAUAGCCUAUCAAAUUUAAUAACCUAAAUUAUUUGAUUCUUUGAGUGCUAUUUUGUUAAAUGAUAGGCAUAUAAUUAAUUGCAUUAAACGUUUUUCCAUUCAAAUAGGCUAGAAAUGAACUUUUACCUAAAUGAUUUGCUUGGAUUAUGCUAUUAAAGCAUUUCAAAUUGCGAUCCAGUGGUUUGAUUAGUUGAAUAUAUUUUCUAGGCUUCUAUAUGAAAUAAAGUCACAUCAGUCAUAUCAUUGUACCAGAAAUUGGAUAAUGGUCAGGACUACCUCGCGUCAGGGUGUCUUUGGAGAUUGUGUUGCGGUAGCGUGUCAUAUCUCCUCCAACCCAAUGCGAGGUCCGGAUGCAGCGGCGAUGUUUCUAAUCGAUAGAGGGCAUAUGGCGCUUUGAUUUCCUGCAAGUCACUUGUGGUUUUUGGCCUGCCUUUCUGCACCGGAUAGAAUACUUCUGCAUUUUAAAAAUAAGAGAAAUAAGAUGACAGAAAAUAACUAAAAAAAGAUGCUACGUCAUGAGUCUAAAACAAAAUGAUUUAUUAUAAAAUGUUUUAAAUCUCUUCCUGUCACCAACGUAUUGUCUCACUGCGAAGGUCAUAAACGAAUAGGCCUACAUUUAUAUUUAAAUAUGAAUUCGUACCAACAUUGCUAUUAUUUAGUUUGAUUGGCCAAUUUUUAACUUCCUUAAGUAACUCAUUUAGUUACAUUGUGGUACACUCCAAAUCAUUUCAAAUAAUAGGCUUAUAGGUGUUUUUGAGUUAAUCAUUUCACCUGUCGAAUAUGAAUAAUGUAGCAAGAUAAUGCAAUAGACCUAUAAUGUAAGGACAUAGAACUUAUGUCUAUCACAGAUUCUGAAUGUCUGGCACGCGCCAUCAGCUGGUUGAAACGUUGUAAAUGUGACUGAUACUGAUAUUCUCCGCCCCACGGGCAGUCUGGAGUGCUCCGCGAGCUGAAUGCGCUCGUUGCAUGGCCUGUUGUUCUGUGCGUAAUUGGUCCAGAACAGGUCAUCAGCGGCCUUACUAUGCGCACAGGGAACAGAGGUAGCACUGUUUACUCGCUGAGCAUAUUAUAAUACUGCAGGAAAUACGAAACUCCCGUGGCCUCUCAGGCAGGCGUGUGGACAGCGACUGUCUGCCGUUAUCAAAUAUAGCCUUAUGUAUAUAUGAAGAGACACCGACCAAAUUGAUGGAUAAAAAUACAGUUGUGAAGGACGCAAGACAAUUCCAGACGGAUGCAGUAUUAUCAUGCAUUAGUCUUUUUACGUUUGUUCACUUUGAGAAAUGCUAUAUAAGCCAGUGAGGGGCUAUUCAACAUGUGACUAUUUGGGCACAACCACGUCCAUACUUCGCCUACUAUUCUCUAAUUCGCAUUUUCAUUCGUGCUCAAUCGAUGACGGAAAUGAUCAAGCAUGUAGAUAACACGUCUCAUGAGUCAUGUUGAUUAGAAACACACGUAGCACACUCCGGCCCAUAGAAACCCUGACUGACUGGCACCCAGGUGCUGUUGGUCUCCGCGUUUCCUCUCUCCCCUGUCUGUCCUGUCCUGCAGCUAGGUAUAGGGAGGGAUUAAGUAACACCUAAAGCAGUAUAUCACUUAUCCUGAUUGGGUUUUAAUUCCCCGUGGAGAGAUGCAGGCUGAUCCGUGAGAGGGAGCUGUCUGGAGAGCUGUUUGUUCUGGAGACGGACCAAUCAUAGGCUCCAGGGGCGGCAAUGAACUGGGGACGAGUUUCCCUAGCCGAGGCACCUGUCCCCGCCCACAACACCUGGCAGACGGGAGAGGGCGUGUGCGCGUGCUCCAUCCUCAGCCAGAAAUCUCUUAUAGUUGACCACACAUUGUCAACCAAUAGUCUUCAAAUCUUUUCAGGGAUAAGACAGCAACACCGCAUCCCAGGAACAGAGGUGCAGAUUGCUAUUGGAUCUGGAUGGACAGUGAUUUUGGAUAUUAGCAAAAACCGAACAAGGAGAGUGAAAAUGCCUCGGUCCUUCUUGGUGAAGAGUAAGAAGGCGCACAGCUACCACAAGCCUCGCUCCUUAGAAGAUGACUACAGUAGGCUGGAUACUAUCUUAGCUCAUAUAUGUGCAGAGAAUACGAUUCUAGAGGACUCGGAUGCCUUGACAGGAGGCGAUGGCAUCCGCGGGUUCUCCCCAGAUUCUCACCUAGUGGACACGGCUGACUUCUCCUCCAAGUCCACACUCAGCUGUGGGGACAGUGUGUGCAGUCCAGCUUCAGUUUAUGAAGACUUCUGGCGGCCUCCAUCGCCUUCAGCAUCACCAGUAGAUUCAGAGAAAUCCCUGUCUCCCCCGGUGGACGAGACACAACCCUUCCCCGUUGUUCCCUUCCGGCCCUAUGCGUGGAACAGUUACUCUGGUUCGGACAUCCGUCACCUGGUCCAGCAGAGUCUCCAUCACCAGCACCAGCACCCCAUGGACUUGAAGAGAAGCCCGGCGAUAGGGUACUACAGCGACCGGGCCAUCGAACCAACCCUCUUUAACAGAAGUCCGGUAGCAGAAAAUGACAGUGAUUACUGUUCCGCUGCCGGUCUGUUCGAGAGAGCCGCCGCCCCCGGGGUUGGGUUGUACUCUGAAGGGAACCUGUACGGGAAAAGCCCAGAAAUCAAGGCUGAGUCUGACUUACCCUGCUCACGGUUCAUUCUGAAUGGUACCUACAAGUGCAUCAAAUGCAGUAAGGCGUUUUCGACUCCCCAUGGGUUGGAGGUUCACGUUCGUAGAUCACACAGUGGCACGAGGCCCUACGCUUGUGAUAUCUGUGGCAAAACCUUCGGACAUGCUGUUAGCCUCGAGCAACAUAAAGCUGUGCACUCUCAGGAAAGAAGCUUUGAUUGCAAAAUAUGCGGUAAAAGCUUCAAAAGGUCGUCGACUCUCUCCACGCAUCUCCUCAUCCACUCUGAUACACGGCCUUACCCAUGCCAGCAUUGCGGGAAGAGGUUCCACCAGAAAUCAGACAUGAAGAAACAUACAUUCAUCCACACAGGCGAGAAGCCGCACAAAUGCCAAGUGUGUGGCAAAGCGUUCAGCCAGAGCUCCAACCUCAUAACGCACAGCCGGAAACACACGGGCUUCAAACCAUUCGGAUGCGACCUCUGCAGCAAGGGAUUCCAGAGAAAAGUCGACUUAAGAAGACACAAAGAGUCACAACAUGGACUAAAACCCUCAAACUAAGAUAAAAGAAAAGAAUGGACACCAAACACUAUAAAACAAAACACUUGUUUUUGGAAACCAGAAAUAAGCUACUGUAGCUAUCCAUUCCUCAAACAUUUCAGACUGUGAUUUACUGGUGAAGAGUUAUAGAGGCUUUUGUGCAGUGUAGGUUAAGACAAAACCGGUUUGAACUAGAGAGGGACACUAUCUGAACCCAAAAUAUUUGUACAAAAUAACCAGAUAGGUCAUAACCACCAAGAAAGCGCGUUAACAAAAACAACAGAAGACCAAUUUCCAACGGACAAUUGGGAAAAUAGACUUUGUCUAAAGAAUGACAGACACUUUGUUUUUAGUUGGACGCCAUGGAUGCUGGCACAACAGUCACUACAAUAAGGCUAUGUGAUUUUUUAAUAAACAAUGGUUGUGUAUUUAUUUUAAGAAACAAUGUUAUUUUCAUUUUUUUCUUCUUAGAAUUCAAAUAGCACAUUUGUAUUUUAUAUUAAGAAUAUCAACUAUACGGUAUAUCUAGAUGUCAUUUACUAUAAUGUCAAACCUUAUUUAUUAAUCAGAUUAUCGUUUAAAUAAAAUAUGAAAACUGUAAUCCAACAGAUUUCGAGAGGUUUUUGUUCAUUUUUCUUUCGUUUCUAUGUAGCCUACUGCAUUAUGUUUCAAGCUGCAAAAUCCUGCAUAGGCCUAUCUGAAUUAUUUGAAGGACUACCAACGCAAAUAUUCAGAAUAUUUUUUUAAUUCUAACUCAGAUUAUCUAGAUUCGUUGUAGUAGGCUAGUCUAGACUAUUGGUCCAACUAACAUUGUUACAUUUUCUAGACAAAAUAAACCCCAUUGAAAUGCG